AUGAACGAAAAUCUAUUUGCCUCUUUCGCUACCCCUACACUAAUAGGCCUCCCCAUUGUAAUUCCCAUCAUUAUAUUCCCAACCCUAUUUUUUAAAACAACAAACAAAUUAAUCAACAACCGAGUAACAACAGCCCAACAAUGAUUAAUUAAACUUAUUACCAAACAAAUAAUAUUUACACACUCACCAAAAGGCCGCACAUGAUCUCUAAUACUCACCUCACUCAUCAUCUUUAUUGGAUCUACAAACCUCCUAGGGCUGCUUCCCCAUACAUUUACCCCAACCACACAACUCUCAAUAAACUUAGGCAUAGCAAUCCCAAUGUGGGCAGGAGCUGUAAUCCUAGGCUUCCGUUAUAAAACAAAAGCAUCACUAGCCCACUUCCUACCCCAAGGUACCCCUAUUACCCUAAUCCCAAUACUAGUUAUCAUUGAAACAAUUAGCCUAUUCAUUCAACCUAUAGCACUAGCUGUACGUCUAACAGCUAACAUCACAGCGGGACACCUACUAAUUCAUCUAAUUGGAGGUGCUACACUAGUAUUAACCACAAUUAGCCUAUCAACAGCCAGCAUUACCUUCCUAAUUCUAAUAAUACUUACCAUCCUAGAACUUGCUGUAGCUAUAAUCCAAGCCUACGUAUUUACCCUACUAGUUAGUCUAUACCUACAAGACAACACAUAA